AGCAGGUCGGUGUUUUUGACGUCAUAUCCGUGAGAAGCUGGUUUUUUUUUUUUUGGAAGAUAACGUUGAAAAAAAUUGCUGCUAUUAUUAUUAUUAUUUUUUUUAAAUAGAUGUCAAGAUGAUGCUUACAGUUAAACCGCUUCAGGGGAAAGAAUGUAACGUCCAGGUUACAGAAAACGAGAAGGUGUCAACAGUGAAGGAACUGGUGUUCGAGCACUUGAACAUACCGCCACAUCAGCAGCGACUGCUCUACAAAGGAAAAGCCCUGGCAGACGAAUACAGAUUGAGCGAUUACGCCAUCGGCCCAGAGGCCAAGCUGAACCUGGUGGUGCGGCCGACAGGAGAGAGAAACAGCGGGGCGGCGGUCAGCAGUAACUCCACCACCACCACUGGUAGCAGCAGCAGUGGGAGCACUGGAAGUGGAGUAUGGCAGUUACUGUCCACCGUCCUGGCCAAACACUUCAAUCCGGCAGAUGCGGCCAAAGUCCAGGAGCAGCUCAUUAAGGAUUACGAGCGCUCUAUUCGACAGCUCAGUCUGGAUGAUAUCGAGCGCCUGGCUGGACGUCUGCUGCACCCUGAGACAGAGGGAAUGGACACGUCGUACAUGGACUGAACCGAGCUACAGUAUAUCCACACGAGCACACUUUAACAGCAGCAGCCUGAUGUUUGGUUAAACGUAUGUGAGGAGGACAUUUAGGAACGACCGGGACUGCAAAACCACAUCAGCUCGCUUCAGGUCGGCCACUGUUUUGGUGACCGUGGCUCACUAAAAAAAAAAAUUUUAACAGACGAUUCCUGUCCAGUCUUUUGAAUAGUCAUUAAGUGUCCUGAGCAGCACUUUUUUUAUUCGCACCAUAUUACUUUUUUCUUGCUUUUGGACAUCCUGCUUUUUUUUUUUUUUUUCCCCAAAUAUGGUGGCCAUCAGCAUGCUAUAGGUUUCCUUUUCUUUACAUGUGAGUUAAAUUCAGCGUUUUAGCAGAGCUGCGCUCUCCUUUGAGUGUCAUACUUUUGAUUAAAGGGAUAAACCUCCUGCAUUGCCUACAAGAGGAGCUGGUUUAUGCAGGAAGUCAAUAUAAUAAUAACAUGAAUACUGAUUAAGCCUCGUGCAUGAAAAGAGGUGGUGUUUUGAUUUGGUGUGAUUUUAGGCUGCAUUCGAAUACUAUUUUUAAUUUGCCCUUGCUAACUUCCUCUGUAUAUUUCCUCAUUCGGGCAAAAUCCGUCAUGUAUUUUCAAGGCGCGCUCCAGUACUUUCAGGCCAAGUGUGGUUGUUUUGUUUUUUGGGUGAUGACCCACUGGAGGCUUGAGGAAAGGAUUUGGGUCAACACACUUGUAGGAUUUUUAGGAACAGAACUUGCCCAAGGUGAAAUGUGGUGGGUGCGGUGCAGUUUUCUUUUUAAACCAGGAAAAAAAAAAAAAAGGUGGAAAUGGUAUAAAAAUAGUAUGUCUCAGUGUACAUUAUCCUGCUGGCUAGUUAGUAUGUUCACAGGAAGUAGACCGAGCAAUUUGUUAUGGAAAUUGUUUGACUACCUUGUUCUUACUGCCGAGUGUGUUUCAACCAAAAUCCGUUUCAAACCCAAGAACAGCGUUAUUGAAACACAGGGUUAAUUUUAAAUGUAUGUAUUUAGCUCGAAUGAUAUUAUAUCCACAUAUGCUGCUUUAUGUUAUGUUAGGAUGGUUGAUGAACCUAUUUAUGAUAGUCCAGGAGUUACGUUCUUCACUACUGACCACAAAGUUAGUGUCGGGCCGUGUGUGUGUGUGUGUAAGCACUCCCACUUUGUAAAUACUGUUUAUUAUUAAAGACAACGUUCAUUCGA